GGGUGAGGACCCGGGCGGUGACUGGUGUCCGGUGUGUGGACUCGGCCCCCGCCCGGGGCUCGGACCUGGAUGUGGGGGAACCUCCGCGCUUGGUGGCCUCAAGUCACAGAAGUGAAGUGUUUUGUGUGAGUCGUAGAGUCACGAGGUAGGAGCAACUGGGUUAUUCCCUACAGUGGAAGAAAUAACAGGCUUUUCCUUUCAAUGAGCCAAUCGUUUAAAUUUUGCUUCAACUGCAGUUGCGCCCCCCACCCCCAGCCCCUUACCGGGAAAAGAUACAUUCCAAGGCCCUCCACCCCCAAGUCUGAAACCAAGGACGGACACCCAUUAUUACCUUAUCCACUCUACAGAGUAUUUCUAUCUCAUAUGUCGUCACUUUCGUUACACACGCAUGGCCAGGCUGACGUUAAUUUAUAAGUUAGGCACAGUAAAAGAUUGACAGCAACAACUAAUGAUAGAACAGUUAUAGCAAUAUACUGCAGUCAGGUCAGUGGAAUGGCCACUUGCACACACUCUGUCUCCUGAAGCAUCUUGCUGUGCUCCCCUGGCCCUUGGAUGACUGAGCUGAGGCAGCGCCUGUGGCCUGUGUGGUGAGGUGAAGGAGGUGCAUAGCAGGCAGGCCGACCUGCUCUCCGCUGCUUUGACCUUCUGACCCACAUCUCAGUUUUCCCUUUGAUACUUCCAACCUUCAUGAUCAAGAAACCACAGAAAGCAAAUCUGACUGCUGUACACAGGUGAGGGGGAGAAUGGCAGCCAUCCUGUCCGUAAUCAUUUGUACCUGAAGAGACCUUGCAUUUGCACUUCCUCUUCAGCCAGGGCACAGUGACUGGUCUCUGUGAGUGUUGGGUCACCCCUCUUCCUUUUUCUUGGGCAGGGGUGAGGGCUGGAGGGGAGAGGACUCUGUCACUAGAGGGUGCCAUUUAUUUUAAUAUUUAUUUGUAGAAGAACUAGGGUGUAGGCCAGAGGUGCAGAGGUGAGAGGACUCACCAGAGACAGAGUGGGGAGCAGAACAGUCAGAGCUACUGAAAUACACUGCUGAGCUGAGAGGUGGAGAAGCAGGAGAUCCUGUGGGUCAGCUCCCUGACCAGGUAUCAAACUCAGGCCUCCCUGGUCAUAAUGCUGCAGAGACUUAACCCCUAGGCCACCAGGGAGGCCCCUAGAGGCCGCCAUUUAAAAGGAACAUUGUGUGGAAUUUUUGCUGUACAAUAACUUAACUCUUUGCACUUUUUUGUGCGUUGAUGACUCCUCAUUCUAUUUCUGCUCUCCUGGGAGUGCACAUUUACCAGGCGAAGGGCCCUUGGCUCUACCCUCAGCGACUGCUCCUGCUCAGCCCCCUUUUCCCCAUCCCAGUGUGGCGGACCCCUGCACAUCAGUCCCUCAGAGUGAAGCCCCUGCUCGCGGGGUGCUCUCUGUUGACUUUGUGUUUUAUUCACUUAGCGGCCUCUGGCGUGUCGGCCGUGCUGUCUGCGCCGGGGCUAGGAGUGGCGGACCAUUGGGAGAAACUCCCCUAAUUUUCCAGAUUAUUUUUCACUGACUGAGUCAGACGGCCUUCCCAUGCGGCCCAUCCCACGCACAUCCGGUGCCCGCAGCACGGGGCUGACGUGCCAUUCUCUGUGUACCCCCUGCCUCCUUGCAGCCCCAGAGCCAACCGUCCCUGUCCCCGUGGCAGAUGACAGCUGGAGGCCCGUGAGCCCCACACCGACCCGACUCCUGUCGAAUCCCUUCCUCUGCUCCUCUCAUUCGCUGUCUGUCCUCUCCAAACUCGCCUCUGCAGCCCCUCGGAAGUCUAACUCAUCCUCUUCCAUUUUUUCUCAAUGACCUUGAGUCUCUUCCCGCUGAGUCCCUGCAAGAAAGGGACGAGAGCUCCUCCGGCUGGCCUCCCUCAGCCCCAGGGCCUGGGGUCUCUGCUCACUGUGACAGCCUCCUCCCCAGGCCUUUGUUGUGACAUCACAGCUCCUGGAGACUUUCUCACCCCCUCCCAUUACAGUGCAGCUGCACCCUCUUGCCCACCUCUGCCCGGUCAUGUCUGCUCGCCUGUGUCUGCUCCUUCCUCUUCCAACUCCUGGGCUGUGGUGACAGGUCUGGGGAGGGGGGGGCAGUGCCGGAAUGCGUGUGGCAUCGCACCUGUGAAGCUGGCUGUGAGCAAAAGACAUGACAAGUGUCAGUCGGGGUGUGGAAAAAAGGAACCCUGUGUGCCAUUGAUGGGAAUGAAAACCGGCGCAUUCUUUAUGGAAAACACCAUGGAGGGGCCUCAAAAUAUUACCCGUAGUGGAUUGACUGUGAAAGACCCUCGUUGCCCAGAGAGGAGGCAGUGACAGGGAUGGACCCUUCUCAGGGACUGUUAAUCUUUAAGGACGUGGCCAUCGACUUCUCCGAGGAGGAGUGGGCAUGCCUGGGGCCUGCUCAGCGCGCGCUGUACAGGGACGUGAUGCUGGAGACCUGCAGGAACCUGCUCUCCCUGGCAGGAAUGUCUGUCUGUGAUCUGAGUAUUGUCUCCUUUGUGGAUCAAGGGAAGGAGCUCUGCACUCUGGAGAGCGAAAUGAAAAUAGUGAGCAAACCAGAUGUGUGGGAAAACAAGGAAGGCGUGAGCCCAGAACUUUACCCUGGCGCCCAGAGGCACUGCCACUGCCCCAAGAGGAGGGCAAGGUCUUUAGCCAGAUCCACGGCUCUGUUACCCGGUGUCUUGACUCCACGCCGGCUAUGGUCAUGUGUGGAGGCCCCAUCAGGAGCUAUCUCUCAAGAUAACGCUCAUGCAUAUGGAAUAAAGAAAUCGCAAACAAAAGAGCACAGUAAUACGGGACAAGUAUUCCGCACACUGAUGUUGGAAAGCUACAAAAGCAACGAAGUCAAAGAUUUUUACUUCCGACAAAUCUGGGAAAAUAUACAUGACUUUUACUCUCAGUGGCAAGAUGAUGAAAUAAAUUACAGAGGCCCUGUGACCCACAGAAACAAUCUAAUGUGUGAAAAGGAGCAGCAUGAAGGGAUGGAUGCAGGAAGUGAGCCUACUGAGAAUGGGCUUAGGGUAAGCUCUCGGGAAGAUCUGCAAAUAUUUCACCUUGAAGGGAAAUUUUAUGAAUGUAAUCAAGCUGAGCUUACCAACAACAAUUCCUCAGUCUCACCAUUUCAAAGUAUUCCUCCUACUGUCCAAACCAACAUUUGUAAUAUGUAUGGGAAUGAUUUAACACCACCUUCAGGACAGACACGAGUCCAGAAUGCACAGAGGAAAAACCUUUACAAAUGGAACAGGUGUGGCAAAACUUACCAGUACUCCCACCUCAGUAGACCGGGAACCCAUCCGGAAGAGAAUCCACAUGAAUGGAAUGAAUAUAGCAAGGCCUUUAGGGAGUGGACUAACAUCAGGAUUAACCAAAGAAUUCGUGCUGGAGAGAAACCUUUUGCGUGUAAUGCGUGUGACAAAGCUUUUACUAAGGCAUCACACCUCACUCGACAUCAGGUAAUCCACACAGGAGAGAAACCAUAUAAAUGUGAUGUGUGUGGCAAAGUCUUCAGUCAGAAUUCAAGUCUUGCAAAGCACCAGAGAGUCCACACUGGAGAAAAACCUUACAAAUGUCUUGAGUGUGGCAAGGCCUUUAGUCAAAAUUCAGACCUUGAAAGUCAUCGGAGAAUUCAUACUGGGGAGAAGCCAUACAAAUGUGAGUGUGGCAAAGUCUUUAGUCGAAAUUCCCACCUUGCAAAGCAUCGGAGAAUUCAUACUGGAGAGAAACCUUUUAAAUGUCAUGAGUGUGGUAAAGCCUUUAUUCGGGGCACAGAACUCAGUACACAUCAGAUUAUCCACAUGGGAGAAAAACCAUAUAAAUGUGAUGUAUGUGGCAAGGUCUUUAGUAGGAAUUCAGACCUUACAAAUCAUCUAAGAGUUCAUAUUGGGGAGGAAUCUUACAAAUGUAGCAAGUAUGGCCAAGUAUUCACUGAAGAUUCAUUCCUUGUGAGUCAUCAGAGAGCGCAUACUGGAGAAAAACCAUUCAAGUGUAAUGACUGUGGCAAAGUCUACACUCAGAAUUUUAACCUUGCGAUUCACCGGAGAAUUCACACUGGAGAGAAGCCUUUCAAAUGUAAUGAUUGUGGCAAAGUAUUUAGGCGCAAUUCACUCCUUACAAAUCACCAGAGAAUUCACACAGGAGAGAAACCUUACAAGUGUAGUGAGUGCGACAAGGUCUUUAGUCAGAAUUCAAGCCUUGCAAAGCAUCGGCGAAUUCAUAAUGGAGAGAAGCCAUACAAAUGUAAUGAGUGUGGCAAAGACUUUAGUCAAAAUUUCAACCUUGCAAUUCAUCAGAGAAUACACACUGGAGAGAAGCCCUUCAAGUGUACUGACUGUGGCAAAGUGUUUCGGUUGAAUGCAGUCCUUACAAAGCACAGGAGAAUUCAUACAGGAGAGAAACCUUACAAAUGUGAUGAGUGUGGCAAGGUCUUUAGUCAAAAUUCAAGUUUAGCAAAGCAUCGGAGAACACAUACUGGGGAGAAACCAUACAAAUAUAAUGUGGAUAUAGCUUUUAUCCAAAGAGCAAAUCUGUUUGAACAUCCAAAGAUUCAUACUAGAGAGAAAGCUUGUGACUGGAAUCAGUGCGACAAAGGCUUUAGUUGAAACACGAGUCUCGCAAGUUGCCAGUCUUGUAGGAGAGGCGUAAGAGUGUGGUAAAGCCUUCACUUGGGGCUCACCAGUAAGUGCACAUCAGGUAAUCCAUGUGGAGAGAAAUCGCGUGACAGGUGGCAAAGUCUUGACUGAAAUUCACACUUUGUAAGUCACUGGAGAGUUCAUAAUGGCAAGAAACCUUCCAAAUGCAAUGAUUGUGGGAAAUCCUGCAGUGAGCGUUCACGCUUAAGUAAACACGUGAUCCACACUGGCAAGAGACUUUAGAAACCUAGUGAAUGUUCCACAGCCUCUAGCAGGUUAUUCUUUGUGAACUGAUUUAUAUGGGGAGAAACCGCACAAAUGUGGCAAGGCCUUUUAGCAAUGGGAUGACCUCAUGGCUCACCAAAGAGUUCAUUCUGGAGUGAAGCAUUUCACUCCAGGAGUGUGAUACAACCUUUACUUAGGUUCACACCACACCAAUGUUCAGGUUGCUCAUAGUGGAGAGAAGCCUUCAAAUGUAUUGGGUGACUUGAGGCUUCUAGGUAUUGUCUUAAACUCAAGGCUCACCUAAUCAUUCAUACUCACAGAUGUGACGGAUAUAGCAAAGUUUGCUCACUCUUCACUGGAUAAAAGUGAAGCAUCUGGGAGAGGAAUCACACAAAUAAUGUGUGUGGCAAAGAGUCUGCACAAAGAUCAAAAGUUGGGCACAUUCUGGAGAGAGACUUUACAGAUGCAGUGAGUGUGGCCUUUACUGUCCCGACCCCCGGGAAUCAGAGGCACGAGAAGAGAAGGGCUGAGGAUUAAAAUGAGGGACAACGAGACAAAAUGCAGCUAGCGAAUUCAAUUCUUUUUUUUAUUAUCCCGCUCUCUAACCCAACACUCCAAUUUAUACAUGCGGUAGCUCCUUCCAGCCUACUUCCUGUGCACACGUGAUUUAUGAGAAAUGCAAUGGUUCUCAGAAAACAAAACUGUAAAGUGAAACCUAAGUGCCGCAUGACACUGUGCAUGCUCUGGACAUCUCCCCCUUUUUUCUUUUAAAUGAGACACCCGGCCUGUCUUAGGUUGGCAUAUCCCGUGACCAGCCUUACCUGUCAUCGCUAAUCCAGCACACUUGGUCCGGACCACUGUCUUAGGUUGGUCUGGACAGUGUACACUCUUACCCGUCUUUGGCUCACAGGUUCUCUAGGGUUAAGUUGACCUAUCCGGGUGCCAAUGGGGAGUCCUGAUCAAGUACCAUGGCGCCAAGUACUUGCCUGACCGCAAUAGCACGUUUUUUUGUUUCACUUCCGUAGUCGACGGAGAAACCAUAUGCCGAAUGCACAAACAGCAAAAAAGCCAAGAGCUAAGGCUACCACCCCGCCCCAAGCUUGCAACUCUGGGAGGAGUCCUCUAAACCAGGCAAUGAGACCCUCAUCCGUAACAGGGGUAACCUGAGUAUUGUUAACAGUUAUGAGCUGUCUCGCCAUUUGAGCAGUCAGGUUCAGGAACUGGUGGUUACAGGGUCCUCUGAUUACAUUAUUUAACCUAUUUACUUCCAUAGACAUAUUUUUCACCGCAACAGGAGUUACACAAAUAAAGCGGUACAGAGGGUUACAAGGCAUGUGAGCAGUUAACAGAAGUGUGUCUAUCUCUUCUUGCAUUAGAGCUAUCUGCUGAUUGAGCAUCAAAAGUCCAUUUUGUAAAUGUUCAUUCAUAUCUUGCUGUGUUAACGCAAAAGCAACAUUGGCAGCUAAAUUGUAUAUAGUGUCAGCAUUUGCAGCAGCUUGAGUGAUAGUGACGGCGGCAGCAGCCACAGCCACGGCCACCGCUAUUGAAACAGCGACAACAGCUGCAGUGAUGCCAAAAUCACGUCUCCUAAAUAGAACAGGGGAAAGAUGUGCAGAAGCAUCCACAGGCAUGAUUAAAGUAGAAGGCAGACGAACGAUCACCACCCUCUCUGCACUCCAGGUCCAGCAGGCAGAGAGGGCGCAGGGCUCCGCUGAACAGUUCAAUACAGUUGAAUUUCCUGUGUUAUUGGAGAGGACAAAAAAGAAGGGAGGGGACAGGCAGACAGCAGUAGACAAACUCUGAUCUGUUAGUCUGGAUACUAAUGGAUUGUUCAAAGGUAGAGCUACUGUUUGCAGAGUAAGUGCCAUUAAAUAAUUUCACCUCACCCUGGCCCAACAGAGCAAAAGGGCGCAGGUCCAGACAUGAAUGGUUAUUACAUAAAAACCACCCCGUAAAUGUAUGUGCCAUGUGCUAGUUAGGUCCUCUAAAGGCCCAAGAAAGUGGGGGUUGAGAAGUAUUGGAAGAGGGAGGCCGGGGACCCCAGAAUAUAAGACCUUCCCUUGUGUGAUAUUGGCUCCCAGGAAAGGUACCUAACGGCCAUGGCAAGGGAAGUUGCAAAAGGGUGUGUCGGGACUCAGUGCCCCAACAUGGAUCUGAUGGGAAGAACCCAACAACACUGUGAUUCUUUGCUUUGAGCGGCAUAAGCAGACCUGUAAGACCUAUCAUGUGUCCAGUGGAUCCAUUUCCUUGGAAAUCCCCUAUGCUAGCAUUAACUAGCGCCAAGCAUGGGGAUGUGAUCAUGUCUUCAAUAUCCCAUGAACUACUAUUUUGCAGGUCAAAGUAUAGCGAUUGAUUCAAGAAUACUGUACCUAAAAAAUUACCAUACCUUCUAUCCAAUGGCUUGGAAGCCAGACCAAAAGUAAAAUUAGUGGCAAAUACUUGUGGAAAAGUGGAAUCAUGAUGAUCAAUGGGGAGCAAAAAAGGCGUGUCAUCAAGGUUAGCCGGCUCAGGUAUAUCGACAAAUAGAACCAAUCGAGCAGGAACCCAUCGGGGCGCUUCCGCAUUCUGUGGGAAAAGACAAAUGAUGCCAGGCGGCCGUAUUAACACUGGCGCGGGUGGUUGCCACUCAUUGACUGGGUCCUUCCAUCUUGCUUGGAGCAUCGUGACCUGCUGAGGGUCUGGUGACCAGUGCUGAUCAGCAGCUGACCGCCCAUGGGUAUCCAGGGUCAAAAAAUUAAGGGUAAAGAGAGCUGUAGUCAAACGAUCCCUGGGGGAGUGUUCUCCCCCUGUUUGUUUUAAAAGCAUAGUCUUCAGAGAACCGUGGGCACAUUCAACUAUACCCUGCCCCUGUGGGUUGUAUGGAAUUCCCGUUUUGUGCACAAUGCGAUGGACCGCACAAAAGGAGGCAAAAGCCUUACUGGUAUAACCAGGACCGUUAUCUGUCUUAAUGACACGUGGGCGGCCCAUUACCGCAAAUGCUUGUAGCAAAUGUGAGCAGACAUCAGAAGUCUAUUCACCGCAAUGUGGGGAGGCGAAAAGAAAACCAGAGAAUGUGUCAAUGGAGACAUGGAUCAGGCUCUGUCGUCCAAAAGAGGGUACAUGAGUCACAUCGGUUUGCCAAAUAUGGCUAGGGAGGAUGCCCUGGGGAUUAACUCCUGGGGGCAGCACAGCAGCUGGAGCAAAGGGUGCACGCUUGUGACAGGCACUAACAAUGUUACAAGCUUGACAAUGAGUCAAUCCGUAACAACCCUUAAGUGACGUGGCGUUGGUGUGCAAGACUGCGUGUUCUUCCAUAGCACUCUGAAGUACUGGACAAAUUGGAUGUCCUCUAGUAAGAGAAUCAGCCGCGGCAUUGCCAGCCGCUAAAGGUCCUGGCAAUGGGAGAUGGCCUCUGAUGUGACCCACAAAAGGUGAUGAGUUCUUUUACGAAUCAGUGUUUGCAACUGAUGAAGGAGGGGUGCGAUGGAGCUAUGAGCAGAAAUAUGAGCAACAGUUUCCAAGACAUUUAAAGCGUGCACCAGAUAUUUGCUGUCAGAGUACAAAUUGAUAGGUUCUUGUGAGCAGGUCUCGAGAGCCAAGAGGACGGUGGUCGCCUCAACGACUUGGGCUGAACCACUGGGCACCGAGACCACCUUCCGAUCCCCUUCAGAGCCAUCUGUAAACACUGUCCACACCCCCGCAAUAGGUUCAGUAACGAGGAUCCUGGGGAAACAGACUGGAUGAUUUUGUAAAAAUUUGCAUAAAGGGUUGCUAGGAUAAUGCGAAUCAAAUAGCACUGAAGUGGUAAAAUAAAGGAUACUCCAUGUUUCAUCGUGGCGUAUUAACCACUGAAUUUGUUUUUUGUUAUAAGGGAGAAUCACCGCUCGCGGGUGAGUACCUGAAAGAUGUAGACUGGAGUCCAGAGCCGUUUGUACAAUUCUGGCAGCCGAAUGAAAAUAAGGCUCUAAGACUCAUUUUGGACAGAUGUUAAGGUGGAUCCAAUAAACGGGACCAUCUUGCCAUAUAAGCGCUGUGGGAGUAAAGCUACUACAAAAUUCCAAGACAUCAAAAGAGCGAGAGACAGACAACCUAUUUAAGGUCACCUGGGCUACAGCCUUUUCGACUCUAGUGAUCGCUUCACGAGCCUCCUGCAUAAUGGCUCUAGGAGAAGUGGGGUCUGCAUUUUCUUUCAACAUGUCAAAAAGGGGCUUCAGCUCUCCCGAUGUAAUAGAGAGCGAAGAGCGUAUCCAUGCUAGAUCGCUGCAUAGGCGUUGGAAAUCAUGCAAGGUGCAAAGGUGAGCUACUGCCAGUUUUGGUACUGCUGGAGCAUAACUGCCUUUCCUCAAAUGGUAUCCUAAAUACUGAAAAGGCUCGGCCAUUUGUAACUUCUCAGGAGCAAUCUUUAGACCUGACAUCAGUAAAUGAUUCUCCAGGUCCUGGAAACAGGCAUACAGCAGGUUGGACGUAGGAGCUGCCAGUAACAAAUCAUCCAUAUAAUGAUAUACAUGCACCUGCGAAUGUUUGACUCUAACAGGAGCAAUGGCUCUGGAGACAUAAAUUUGGCAAAUAGUGGGACUGUUUGCCAUACCCUGAGGAAGGCACACCCAUUGAUAUCUAUCAUGCGGGGCAGCAGCAUUAAUGGCCGGGAUAGAAAAUGCAAAGCGGGGUCUCCCCUGGUGGCACAGCAGUUGAGCACUGGGCUGAGAAGCUGCCCGCAGCUUCUGCAGUGCCGGUUCAAUCCCCGGCCGCCGGUGAGUGUCCCACAUGGCGCGUAGACCUCUCCUGCUGCCCGCUGCUCCCCUCAGCAGUGUACUUCGUCAGUCCGCCUGUUCUGCUCCCCACUCUGGCUCUGGUGAAUUCUCUCACCCUCCGCGCUUCUGGCUGUACCCAGU